GUAAAGGAAAAGAACACCCCAAAGCUCGUGUCCUGUUCAGGUUCUAUGGGCUUGUGCAGGUGCUCUGUUAGGAGGGAGCAGGCCGUGGUUUGGCUCUGAGUGCACAGCCCCUUGGCCAGCUGGCUGGGCUGCAGGGACAUUGCUCUGGAGGAGUCAAUCAGGGCACGCCAGGCCUGCUGUGGCUCUGCUAGUCAGGCUCACAUGACCUCGUGAGCCACCCAGCUAUUUCCAAACCUGCUGCUUGCUGCUGAAGGUAUUUUGGUUAGAAAAUAUGCUAUAAAUGUCACAGGGAGGGCACAGUGAGGCUAGAGGACAACUGGGGGCACCUCUGUGUCUCUCAGCGAAUGGGAUGUGUCCUGGAGCGGUGGCACAGGCGUGGACAACAUUUGUCUUGGUCGCCAGCUCCAGCUUUCUCCUGCUGUGCCCUGGGAGCUGAGCCCCAGCAGAGUCCUGAUCUGGUGUUCCCAAGCUUUGGGCACAGCAAGAACAGGACGGAAGCAGAGGAGGCACCCACUCACCAAGGGAUCAGGAAGGAUUGUCCCUGGCAGAAGCGCAGCCAGGUGUGUGACACCUGUACCUACAUGGAGGAGGAUCUUUGAAGACACCUCCCUCCAGGGCUAUGCCCCCACAUGACUGAAGGUGGGCAGUGGCCACUGCUGCACCCCAACAAACCCAGCGGUGCUGGUGGCCUGGGCUGGUUGGUAACAGCUGCUUUGUCUUUUGGGGUGGGGAGGAAGGGAAUCUCACUAGUAAAAGUUCCACUGGAAGAUGCAGUCUAGAAUUUGACUCUAAUAGGCCCAUCUCGUACAGCCAGUUGAACUGUGACCAAGUCUGAGCUCUGUAGUGUUUCUCCUCUGUUCCUGGGCAGAGACCCACUGUGCUCAGCUUAGAGGUGCCUCUCCUAGCCCAAGGCUCCCUGUGGCAGAGCAGGAGCUUAGCAGCCAUCUGAUGUACAUGCCUAAUUGCUGUUCCAAGAAAGCAGGCUGGAAGUGUUCUGUCCCCAGCACUGAGCUUGGAUGCCCUGUGCCGUGUUCAGGCUCAUCGAACCACAAGCAGAUGCUUGGGCAAGAGAUCGAUGCAUUUACCAGCAGACAAACAAGUGCUGGAGUUCUAAGAUGUGUGGCUGACUCUGCUGCUGGCGUCAGGGCAAGGGUCUGCAGCAGGAGGGGCAGGGUGAAGUCCCUGACUCUUAAAGCAGCAUAGGGAUUUUUUCUGACACACCCACCUGAACAAUCCCCAUCAGCAUGGCAGAGUACAAGAUGCUUAAGCCUCUGACAUGCUCAAACCUUGAUGGAGAAAACAGUGGUUGCUUAAACCCUUGAUGGACCUGAAUGAUUCCCCUGUGGCAGAUGGUUCUGUUUUGGGUCAUGACAGUGUAACUGGAGGGUAUCAGAGGCAGGAGUUGUCUGGUGGUGGUGCUGUUAUUCUGCUGUUUCUCUAAGGCUGCUUUGUAGUAGCCUGCCCUCAGCAGCAGCUGCUUCCCUGUCUCAAUUAAGACAAGGAACACCAGGGACCAGCAGUGCAGGGUUCUGGUUCUGCACCUGUCUCAGGAUCACCAGCAGCACCUCUGUCCUUGCAAGGAAACAGGGGACAUCCAACACUCAGGUUGUGCUUCUGUGCUGGGUUGUGUGCUGUCAGCUGUGCCGGGCAGCACAGGUCCUCCUGCUCCUUUCAAGUUGUCCCCUGCAGCUACAGGAGGGUGACAGCUCCAGCUGUGUUUGUGACCACAGCCCUGGCACAUCCACGCUGCCCUAGCCAGCUGGCACACGAGCAGCCAGUUUCCCGUGUUGCUGAUUGUGUCCAUGCCCCUUCCCCCAGAAGCGCCUGAUGUUGGGAAAUUGCUUCCAGGCUCCCCUGAAGGGCUACCCAUGCAAGAGUAGAUUUGACCCCUUGGAUGGGCACAUCAACAGGUGGGUGGUAAGAUGAGACACCAACUUCUGCCCAAAAGUGGGAGGCUGCAGGCCUGGGCGGCUCGAUUACGAAGCAUCAUGGCAAAUAGCAUGAGCUGCAUGUCCCCAAAAUAGCGCAGGGGAGUCUUUAUAAUGUGGUGCUCCCAGAGAGUCAUCAGUCCUGGGCCAAGGGCCUGUAGGUGAGCUGCAAGUGCCAGGUGCCACCUCCUGCAUGUGACUCAGGGAGUGCGGGACAGCACCGUGGCUGCCACUGCCCCGUGGCAAGAGGACACGGACACAGCCAGGGGCGCAGCAGGAGCGCGGAGCCAGCACAGAUCUGUAGCCAGGAGACCCCAACAGGAGGAAGAGGAGACAGCAGUGCAGUGAGGGGCCGGGCCGAGGGCUGAGCACCCCCAUGCCGCUGUGCCUGAAGGCUCCCGUCAGCAUGAGGGACUAUUGUCCCUUGUCGGCGCCGCGGUACGGCCGGUACGCGCCGCGGCGGAGGGCCGCACGCACCGUGCGCUUCCCCAACGACGUCGUCUUUCAGGACCACAUCAAGCAGGGGGACCUGGAGCAGGUGGGCAGGUUCAUACGAGCCAGGAAGGUGACACUGGACACCAUCUACCCUUCUGGCAUGGCAGCCCUCCACGAAGCCGUGCUGACAGGAAACCUGGACUGUGUCAAGCUCCUGGUGAAAUAUGGCGCUGACAUCCACCAGAGAGAUGAGAACGGGUGGACGCCCCUGCACAUGGCCUGCAGCGACGGCUACGCUGACAUAGCCAGGUAAAGGGCUCUGAGGGCCUGCCGGCGCUGCAA